AUAUCCCAUAAAAAUGCCUAUGAUGUUUAGGUCUACUGGAGCAAAUGGGCUUCUAGGCCCUACUACUGGGAGCUUUGGUGGCCUACGCUCAGAUGUUGGGCUGGGAAUGGGUUUUGGUCUGGGAAUGGGUUUUGGUCUUGUUGGAGGUGCCUCUGCUGCAGGCUUAGGUCUUGGGGUAUCGAGAGGUGUCGGUUCCACGGUAAAUGUCACCCCAGGAUCUUUUAGCCGUGCGUCCACGCUUGUCCCUCUACUUACGCGGGCGGACGAGAAAAGCACGCUGGCAAAGUUAAACGGUCGAUUCUCCGGCUUUGUGUCUAGAGUGCGUCAGCUUCAGAAAGAAAACGUUGCUCUGGAGGCGCGCCUAGCGGAGCUCACCGGGACCUCGGAUGCGACCACGGUCACAGUCCCUGCGAUCGAACAAGAAACCCUGCUGCAGGAGUACCGCAACAACAUUGCAACCCUCUCCCUGGACACAGUCAAACUGGAGAUCGAAUUGGAUGGCAUUUGUGAUGUUGCACAUGAACUAAAGGCCAAGUAUGAUUUUGAGCAAGGUGUGAAAUUUCAGUUGGAGGCUGAUAUUGCUGCCAUGAGAAAGGACAUUAAGGCAGCCUCUGAACUUCAUGAGGAGUUAGAUGCUCGGCGACACAGCCUGAAGGAUGAGUUGGACUCCAUCACCAAAAUAGAAGAGGAGGAGAUAGCCAGUCUUGAAUCCAGAAUGGGAAAAUCCUUUGACACAUCCGUGUCAUUGAUUGAGGUGGACACAGGGAAAUCCUUCGUCAUCACUGUGGCACUGAACAAGAUCCGUGCAGAGUAUGAGGCAACAGUAGAGAAACACAGAAAGGAGGCUGACACAUACUACAAACUCAAGAUGGAGGAGGUCCAGGCUAUGAAGGAGAGCACUUCUGAGGAGCUCUCCUCCACUAAGCAGGAGCUCACCGCCUCCAAGAAAGAGCUGCAGACCAUCAAACUGGAGCUGGAGAAUCUCGUUAAUAAAACAGUGACCCUGGACCACCACCUCACCGAGGCCCAGGCCCAGUCAGACUCUGCCGUGGCUGGGUAUCAAGCCCAGAUCCAGAGGCUGGAGGCCGCCAUUGAAACAGCCAAAACGGACCUCCUCAAGCAAAUCCUCAAAUACCAGGAGCUGCUAGACAUAAAGCUAGCUUUGGACACUGAGAUCCAGAGUUACAGGCUGCUGUUGGACGGGAGUGAUGACAGUGAUUUCCCCACGCAGCUGAGUGGCGCCUCCUCCUCCCUGAACCUGUCCAAAUCCCCUCCCGUCUCCGUCAGGAGCCCCUCGCCCUCCAGUGCCACCCAAGACCUCCUCUCUCUGGAGCAGAGCACAGAGGAAGUGGAUCAGGCAUCAUCUGUGACUGUGACAGAGUCAUCAUCGACAUACUCCUACUCAGAAACUGUGAUUGAGACAACUACAGAAGAAAUUACAAUCACAGAAGAGAUGACGACAACUAUUUCUUCGGAUGCAGAAGACUAAGUAUUGAGUCUGCUUCAACACUUUGGGGCAGACAGAAAUAACUAAGACAAGGGCAGAUUUUUGCCGUUCAAACAAUAAAACAUCAUUUCAAAACUACUAUGUGUCAGUUAGAUCACCUUAAAAUGCUGACGAGCCUUGACACUUUGUAUGUGUGUAUGAACUGUGUCUAACUUAACUUAUCUGAACUCUAACAUGUACUGCCAUAAUAGCCUUGUCCUUAAAGGUAAACAAUGCUGGGCAAUGUCUAACACAUAACACGUUUUGUAACACUCAGUGAAUAUCUCCUUAUGAAUCAUGAUCUGCUAGCUCUCUACUCUAGAAAACUAAUGAAACAUUUACAGUGGGGGCAGCCUGUCCCCCAAACAAUAACAAAACACUGUGGAAUUUCUUUGGGACCAUUGAAAGGAGUGAGCUACCUCUCUGAUGUGUUUUGUUUGGUCUUUGGUUCUAAUGUCAUGUAAGUUUCUGAUAAGAAACAUGAACAAACGCGACAUCAUCUAGCACCGCUUACCCUACCCUUAAGUGCUGUUUUAUUUUGUUGUAUUUUGCUGUGUGGAUGUGUACAGUAGUUGCUUCGUUGAUGUCCUCAUAACUGGCUUUAGCAUAUUGUGCAAUCUUUUUUGUCUUUUGUCGUUUUGGACAUGUUAAUUACAUUUUGUGUUCUUUCAUUCUUUUCAACCUUUCAACUUUCUUUUCAACUGAUGGAUGUGAAUUUCUUGGAGUGGAGUGUGGUUAAUGUUUCGGUCUCCUUUUCCACACCCUCUUUUAAAAAAAAGAUGUUUUCACUUCAGAGCUCUUCCUAUGUGCUGUGGUCCAAGAGAUGCAAGCUGAAAGAACGUGUGUCUGUGUGGUUGAGACUAGUGCCCAUAAACCACCGUCGUCUCAACAAAGCUUUAUGCCGUUUCACAACCGAAAGUGCUAGAUCAGGUCGACAAUGAAACUCUCGGUUGGGGGGCUUCCAGGGGAAUUUUAUGUGCCAAUUCAAAUGAACGAGCAGGCAUGAUAACAUGUCACAUGGCAUGGGUGGCUGACAAGCCUAAUGUUCCUCUCUUUUGCCUGGUAUUUUUAGGGACAUUUUCUGUGUGUAUUGCAAUUGUUGUAGUGUACCAAUAGAUUUCG